AUGGCGCAGCGUUACCACACAGGAGGAUAUAUGGCCACCGACCAGGACAUUGCCGACGUUUUAGUCAUCGGAGGCGGCGCUUCCGGAGCGGCCUUUACUUGGAGCCUGACCCAGGCCGGUAUCAAAGUGGUCUGCUUGGAGCAGGGAGGGUGGGUGCCUCAGGACGCCUUCCCGACCAGCGAGCCGGACGCUCAAAUACACUGGCAGACCGACUUUCAUCCCAGCCCCAACGUCAGGGGACUGCCGGAGGACUACCCACUCAACGAGUCGGAAACGCCCAUCUCGCCCCUGAUGUUCAACGCCGUUGGAGGCAGCACCAUCCACUGGGGGUCUCACAUCCCGCGCUUUCAUCCGUCGGACUUCCCGUUGAAGACAGUGGAUGGAGUGUCCGACGACUGGCCGUUGUCUUACGCGGAACUGGAACCCUACUACGAUCAAAACGACCGGAUAAUCGGCGUUUCCGGGUUGCGCGGCGACCCGGCUUAUCCUCCCAAGCCGGAGCGGCCUUGCCCUCCUUUGUCUAUUCGCCCCGGAGGGGAGUUACUGGCCAAGGGGUUCGAAAAGCUCGGCUGGCACUGGUGGUCGUCAGACACCGCUCUUUCGUCCGUCCCGUAUGACGGGCGCCAACCUGACAACGGCGGCUACCUCCGGUCCUCCGCUGCAACGGACUUGAACUACUGGCCCAAGGCGUUGCGGCAGGGCGCACGGCUGGAGACUCGCGCCCGCGUCCGGGAAAUCCUUGUGGACAAAUCAGGCCGGGCCACCGGCGCGCUCUAUUACGACAGCCAAGGAAAUCUGCUUGAGCAACGGGCCAAGGUCGUAGUAAUGGCCUGCAAUGGCGUGGGUACCGCCCGCCUGCUGCUGAACUCCAAGUCCAACCUGUUCCCGGAUGGCUUGGCCAACAGUUCAGGCUUGGUGGGCAAGAACCUCAUGCACCACCCCGCAGGCGUAGUCGUCGGGUUCGUCGAUGAGUGGCUGGGAGUUGACGACGGCCCUCGUGGCAGCACUAUGUUAAGUCAAGAGUUUUACGAGACCGACGCCAGCAGAGGUUUCGUACGGGGGUACGACCUGCAAGUGAUGGGGCAAGGUUCCUCGCCAUUGGCCACCGCGCUUGGAGGUCUUCUGGGCAUACGAGUCCCUUGGGGGGCGGGCCAUCACGGGACUUUCCCAGAGAGGUUCGGUCACGCCAUCUGUAUCACCAUCAUGAGCGAAGACCUGCCCGAGGAACACAACCAAGUGACACUGGACCCGGUAUUGACCGACAGCCACGGGAUACCGGCUCCCCGGAUACAAUACACCCUCAGUGAGAAUACGAGCCGGAUGCUGGACCAUGGCCUGGCCCGCGCAUCCGAGGCCCUGGAAGCCGCCGGCGCCAAGAACCUCCGGUCGGACAAGGUGCGCCGCAACGCGGGUUGGCACCUGCUUGGCACCGCAAGGAUGGGGGACAACCCUUCCAACUCAGUGGUGGACCGGUGGGGCCGGGCCCACGACGUGCCCAAUCUCAUGAUUAUCGACGGCAGCAUCUUCACCACGGGCGCUUGCAUCAAUCCCACUCCCACAAUACAAGCGCUGGCGUUGCGCACCGCUGAUUACCUCAAGGGCGAGGGCCAGAACAUCAUCCGCUGA